AUGGCGGCGCCGGAGGAGCGGCUCCUGUCGGACGGGGAAGGCGGCGCCCUGGGUUCGGCUCGGCUCUCCCCGCCCCCGGUUUCGGAGCCUCCUGAGGCUCUGGCGCCGUUGGAGCCGCCGCCUCAGAGCAACACGCUUAUGGGGCUGCCCAUCGUGGCGAUCGAGAGCAUCCUUAGCUUCCUGUCCUACGAUGAGACGAGCCAGCUCCGCCUGGUUUGUAAGCGAAUGGAUUUGGUUUGCCAACGGAUGCUAAAUCAGGGAUUUCUAAAAGUGGAAAGAUAUCACAACUUGUGUCAAAAGCAAGUUAAAGCUCAGCUUCCAAGGCGGGAGUCAGAGAGAAGAAACCAUUCUUUAGCUCGACAUGCAGACAUCCUCGCUGCAGUAGAAACAAGACUCUCUCUGUUAAAUAUGACUUUCAUGAAGUAUGUGGAUUCCAAUCUCUGUUGCUUCAUACCUGGAAAGGUAAUAGAUGAAAUUUAUCGUGUGCUAAGGUAUGUAAACUCCACAAGGGCUCCUCAGAGAGCUCACGAAGUUCUUCAAGAACUAAGGGACAUUUCCUCCAUGGCUAUGGAAUAUUUUGAUGAGAAGAUUGUUCCAAUACUGAAAAGAAAGAUGCCUGGGUCAGAUGUAUCGGGACGUCUGAUAGGAACUGCCCCAGUUCCAGGGCCUUCUGCAGCACUGACAACAAUGCAGCUGUUUUCCAAGCAAAGCCCUUCAAGACAGGAAGUCACCAAACUCCAGCAGCAAGUAAAAGCAAAUGGCACAGGCUUGACGUCACUAAAGCGAGAAAUCUCAGAGAUUCGCAUCAAAGUGCAAGAGCAACAGAAACAACUCCAAGAUCAAGAUCAGAAACUGCUUGAGCAAACCCAAAUCAUAGGUGAACAGAAUGCCCGAUUGGCUGAGCUUGAACGGAAGCUGCGAGAGGUGAUGGAGAGUACAGUAGGAAAUUCUUCAGGUUCUAACUCAAAUGAACAAUCUCCUAGAAAACGGAAGGCAGUUGAAUCCACAGACUGUCCUAGGAAAUCUAAACGCCUUCGGAACAGAAAAUAACUUGGGAGUGAAUGGCACCUUCAGGAGGAUACACUGCUUUAGUAGCCCAAGCAGGUCUGCUUGUUUGGAUACUGUGACUAGCUUCAUGGUGUCACUUAGGCUGCUGGCUCUUCAAAACACCACUUAGACUUGAACAGUAAUUUUCUUUCGUUGAGACUUUUCCCCUGCUUUCUGUAUGGGUGGGCCUAAUGCACAGAAUCUUUAAGAGUUGCAAUAGUUACAUACUAACCAGACCUGCUCUGUUAUGUUUUGAAAGGUUAAUCUCUUUCUGUGCAGAU